AUGGGGGAACAAUCUCAGAAACCUCCAGAUUCUGCGCUCCACCCGAUCAAAGAACGAGAUGGGAGCCCCAAUUCAGAAUCUUCAACCGAAACUCUUCGUCAAUCGCCUCAAUCUAGUACCUCACAGAGUCACGGAGACCGUCCCCAACUUGGGACACUCCAACGUGGUCAGCCCUUAGCCCAGCCACAACCUUCCACGCCGCUCACACCAAGAAGCGCCAUGAACAGACAACCAACAGCAUCAGGGAGCUUCUACUACGGAACUCAGACCUCACCAAACCCACCCAAUGACAAACGACUCGGGAGUCAGAACCGCGUUCAACAAACACCAUCCCAUUCACUAGCGGGCCCAGGAGCAAUGGACCCCCAACCAACCCAGGGACCCGUCUACCAAGACCCAGAAUAUCAGUCGAUGAACCCUCGAUACGGCAAACACAACGACAACCCAGUAUGGGGACUAGCGAAGCCUCUUCCGCGCGUCGUGAGGCCAGGCAUGCGUCGCGACCGCGACACCCAGCAAAAGGCAUACGACACAAAACCGCGUGGCGAGGCAGAGCCAGCCCCGGAGCUGGGAACAACGCCUGGCCUAUCGAGGUCUCGAUCAAAUGCUACCAAUGACACGGCCACCUCGGUGCCGCAGCAUCCACCGACGUAUUCCUCGGCGGCCCAACAGAACCUACCUCAGGAAAAUGCUGUGUACGGGACUCAGCCAGAUGGUCUUCUCCGCCCGAUGGAGAGUGAAGUCGGUGGCAUGGGUGCCAAGCAUGAAGAUCAAAUGGGACAACCGGAGCAGGAAGAGUUCUUGAAUAACUGGGUCAAGAUUCGGAAUUAUUUGAAAGAACCAUUUGCCGAAUGGCUUGCAACAACCAUUGCCAUUUUCGUCGGGCUUACAGGAACCCUCGCUAUCUCAACAGGCGGCACGAACGCCGGAACCAAGCUCUCAGAGCAUUGGUCCUGGGGUCUCGGAUCCAUGAUUGGAAUCUACCUCGCUGGUGGUGUCUCCGGUGCUCAUUUGAAUCCCGGGAUCUCCAUUGCACUUUGGAUCUUCCGUGGCUUUCCUGGACGAAGAUGCUGCUUUUAUAUCAUUGCACAGGUCCUCGGGGGCUUGACGGCCGCCGGAAUCGCUUACUGUAUAUAUCGAGACUCUAUCAUUGCCUUUGCCCCGACUGCGUCAGCUGGGACCUCUGGUCUUGGGUUUUAUACAGAGCCUUUGAGCCAUGUCAGUUCUGUGACGGCGUUUUUCACGGAAUUCAUCGCGGAUGCCAUUUUGGUCUGUGUCAUUUUCGCUAUGGGUGAUGAUAGUAACGCCCCGCCUGGUGCGGGUAUGCAUUCUUUUGUCAUUGGAUUGGUCAUUUACGUGCUGUGUAUCUGUUUGGGAUUCAACACAGGAGGAAUCUUGAAUCCAGUCCGUGACUUUGGCCCCAGGCUUGUCGCCCUCAUGGCUGGGUAUGGAAGUGAAACAUUCACUGCCCGAGACGCCUGGUGGUUCUGGGGUGGCUGGGUGGCUACCAUCAGCGGAUGCUUCUUUGGAGCCACUCUAUACGAUACCUUCAUCUUCAUUGGCGGUGAAUCGCCAAUCAACUAUGCCCCUCGACGACGCAGAAGAGCGAAACUCAAGGAGGAAAGCAAGUGGCGCAGACGGCUUGGAAUCGGGAAGCAGAAACUUCCAUCCCUGGAGGAUGGAAUUCAAAAACUCGAAGAUUAG